AGGCCUUUCUGCUUCCGAGAGAGCGGGCACGUUCGCCGAGCGCCGCCUUGUGCGAGGCCCUCGCGCGCGCGCGAGCGCGCGCGAUGGCGGCGCGGGGCGCGGCGGAUGAGGCGGUGCAUGGCCGCGAUCAAGGACCGACCACGGGGAGCAGCGGUCAUGGCAGAAGGCCUUGGGCGUGUUCUCUGGGAUGCCGCGCCAAGGCCUGCGGCAGGACACCGCGGCCUACAAUGCCACGAUGGCCGCCUGCGGGCGGGCCCAGCAGUGGCGCGCGGCCGUGCGGCUGCUCGGGGAGAUGCGCCAGCGGGGCGUGCGCCGCAGCGCCAUCUCGUGGAACUCAGUGGUCAGCGCCUGCGAGCGGGGCCGGCAGUGGGCCCAAGCUGUCGCGGCCAUGGCAGGGUUGCUGGACGACGACCUGCAGCCCACGGUCGUGACGUACAGCGCGCUGGCCGCGGCGCUUGCCGCGGCCAGGGAGCGCUGGCCCGCGGCCCUGGAGCUGCUGCGCGCCAUGCAGCAGGUCGCGGUGGCGCCCAAUGCCGUCACGUACGGAGCCGUGCUCGCCGCGUGCGAGGCUGGGCAGAACUGGGCCGGCGCCUUAGCCCUGCUGUUCGAGCUGCCCUCGCGCGGCGUGCAGCCCACUGGCGUCCACUGCGGCGCGGCGAUGAGCUCCUGCGAGAAGGCCCAGCAGUGGAUGCACGCGCUCAGCAUCUUCGAGCAGCAGUCCCGGCUCGGGCUGGCCCCGACCGUGGCCACGGCCAGCGUGGCGAUCUGUGCCUGCGCCCGAGGGAGGCAGUGGGCGCACGCCCUGGGCCUGCUGGGGGAUCUGCGGCUGGGCCGGCUGCAGCCCGACGUGGUCGCCUACACCGCGGCCAUGGGCGCCUGCGAGCGGGGGCGGCAGUGGCUCUUGGCGCUGCUGCUGCUGCGGCAGAUGCCGGCCCACGGCGUGGCCCCCGAGAGGCCCGCCUUGCAGGCCGCCCUCGGCGCCUGCGGGGCAGCAGGCAGCUGGCAGGCGGCCCUGGCGCUACUGCGGGGCGCGAGCGCGUUCGGGCUCCCGCCGGACCCGCUGGCCUACAACGCGGCGCUGAGCGCGCACGAGGCGCCGCAGGAGUGGCGGCGGGCGUUGCUCCUCCUGGCCGAGAUGCCGCGCGCGGGCGUGCGGCCCAGCAGCGUGACGCUGUGCACGGCCAUUAGCGUGUGUGAGAAGGCAGGGCAGUGGUGCCGCGCCCUCCACCUCCUGGGCCAACUCGACGCGCUGAGCCUGGAGGUCGACGUCGUCGCCUGCAGCGCCUCUGCGAGCGCGUGCGAGCGCGGCGCGCUCUGGCUCCGAGCGCUGGGCCUGCUGAGUGUCAUGCAACGGCGCCGCGUGGCGCUGGACGCCACCACCUUCGGCUCCGCCGCCGCCGCCUGCGACAGG